AUGGCGCUCGACUCGGCCCUCUUCACGCUCCAUCUGGUGCGGCGCGAGCAGCAUCCCUGGAUCGUCGACCUCUACCAGGCCAACCUGCCCCCACCCGCGCCGCCCCCGCCUCCGGUGCCCAGCAAGGACAAUCACACUGGCUGCGACAACGACAGCGACGACCGCAGACCAAAGGCCUUCAGCGGCACCAUUCCGGACCGUCCCACCCGCUCCAACUCGUCGGACGCCAUCGACUACUCGAAACACACCCCGCUCUACACCCGCCACCGCGCCACCAACUCGGCACGCUACUCGUCCAUCCUCCUCGACGGCGUACUCACAGACUGCCUCCUGGCUAGCGUCGCCGCGCCCUCGACCACCGCAAGGUCAAAGGCGGUCCAGCUGCACAGCCCCGAUUCCACCGUGACCAUCGAGAAGCGCAACAAGACCUUCCACCAGGACUGGCGCUUCACCGUCGAGGACCACCUCUUCCAAUGGAGGCGCGAGUCGUCCGCCCGCGGCGGCUCCUCCUACACCUGCGAAGUCAUCCGCAAGCCGGAUCCAAAGGUGCUGGCAGCACAGUACCGCCCUGCCACCAAAACCAAGCCAGGCGUGCUCCAGUUUAUGGACUACAACCUCGACCGCCUAGAGCUCAAGGACAAGCGGGGCCUCGAGGUGCUCCUCAUCAUGACACUCUCAUGCCUCCUCGACCAGGAAUACGACGAGAAGCUCGCUUCGCGGGGCGAGCCCAACAUGUACAUCUCGCGCGACGCACCGCCCGCCACCGAGGAUGCGGCCAACCUCGGCCCCAUGCCCGGUUCCAGCUCCCGGCUCCAUCCUCAUGGCCCCGCUGCUGCCAUCGGCGGACCCGGCGAGUCAGGUGCGGGGACGGCCGAGCUCGAGCCCAACGAGGUGCUAAUCACACACUGGGGAACGGUCGAGGACUAUGUCGACCACUGCCUCACUCUGCUACGCACCGACGAGGUGCGCGGCAAGGGCAAGGGCCGAGGGAUGCACCUCAUCGUCCUUCGCUCCGACAGCGCUGAGACGACACCAAAGGCGGUUCAGGUGGCGGCGGCGGUCAAGGCGGCCUACUACCGCCUCCCGGACGAGGCCAAGGGGACCGUGUUCGGCAACAGCAGCGCCCAGCACCAGAUCGAAGACGAGCUGUACCAAUACGUUCGGACCGAGGACGACUCGGACUUGUCUGCUGGCGCGAACGGCAACGCGGGAGGUGGCUUGUCCUCGUCCCCAACCUCGACGCCGGCGCCAGCAGCAGCAGCACCCAAGCGACGCGUCAUCAAUCUCAACCCGCCGGGAUCGCCGUCUCAACGGCCAGCGUCCGCCGCCCCGUCGGCCGGCCCAGCAUCGAUGGCAGUGAACGGAAGCAGCGGAUCGGGCCCGACGGCUGGGACGGGCAACAGAGCAGGCUACCUGCGAUCUCCACCGUCGAAGCUCAAGGUGUUCCUGUCCAAGGAGCGGAUCGGUGAAUUGGAGCCGCCCAAGAAGCCGGAGCCCUGGGACCCUUCGCUAACGGCGCUGCAGGACGAGCCGCGUUCUUCGUUGGCCGCGCCCGUUGUGCCCGCGCGGCCGCGUUCGACCAGUCCGAACCCGGGUGCCGGGGGAGGCGGGCUACGGCCGUCGGCGGCGCAAGCGUCGAGACCCACCGACUAUGGCAGGACGCCAUCUAGCAGCAGUAGCGGUGGCGGCGGAGGUGGCAGUCGCCCGGGUAGCAGCUCGGCGGAUCCGCGCGGCGAGGCGCCCGGACGUGGCAAGGCGCUGCUGAGCAAGUUGGGUCUAGGGUCGAAUGGCGGUCACUAG